CUCCCAUCUCAGGGAUUGCCACCACCUGGGCAUUCCGAACAGCUUUGACCAUCAGCGCUUCGUCAUGUUUGCCAGGGUGUGUGAUGUGAAUGGGAGGAAGCACAUUUGCUCUAGAGACAAGGAAUCUGCAAACCUGUAUGACAUAUUCCAGCAAAGGCUCUCGAUCCACAGAAGAGCCUGCCAGCACAAGAUAAAAAUGGCAGUAGAAAUUAUGCUCAAAGAUGCCCUCAUACUAGUAGAUGACCAUCCAGACUUCAAAAUUAAAAGUUCAAAAGGGGAGAUGCUAAAUAUCUCCCAGGCAAAUGGUGACAUGGAGGCAUACACAAAGCUGACAGAUCAUGUGUUUGAAAGAAUACUCCAUUACCAGGAAGGAAGGAAGGAACCUUCCUCCGAGGAAGAAAGGAAAAAAGAACAAGAUUUGGAGAAGGCAAGGGAGAUUCUACAGAGGGUCAUGGAAGAAAUGAAGAAAGAAUCAGAUUUGGAGCAGGCAAGAGAGAUUCUACAGAGGGUCAUGGAAGAAAGGAAAAAAGAAUCAGAUUUGGAGAAGGCAAGAGAGAUUCUAAAGAGGGUCAUGAAACGGGAGCUGUACCGCUGUGUGGGUCAAGCAAAGGUAUGCAGUUAUGUUUUUAUGUGCCUGUAUUAAAAGCCCAGUAUUCACACUGAAUGGGAUGCAUGGAUGGAGGAAGGGAGGGAGGGAAACUCAGAACCUGAACUUACAAAGCAUACAAUACUACUUUCCAAGAGUCGUUUUCAUGUAAGUACUAAAACACCAAGCUGUACAUUUAUAGAUAUAUAUUUUCUGAAGAAUGUUUUGGAACAGCUCAAAUGUGGUGGGUGUGAAAACUCCUGUGUGAAAUAGAGAAAUUGAGAAAAACAUUAUCUUUAAAUAUGUGGUUUCAUGUGAUUCCAAGACUCAUUUUCUAUGUAUCCUCUAAAACACCAAGCUGUAAAUCAAUAUUUAUUGUAAAAAAAUCCUUUUUAAAACAGAGAAAUUAAGAAAAACAUUAUCUUUAAAUAUUUGGUUUAAUGUGAUUGUGUUUUCUGUGCUAAAUAAAUCUUUUCUUCUCCCUCCCACUUGCCCCCUU